UCAAGUGGAGCAGGUUUUCUCAUGGUGUUAGUAUUUUUGAAUACAUACUUGAUAUUUUAAAUCGAGCAAGUGUCAGAGCAACAAGAAGAAAAAGAACAAGUCUAAAACAUGCGGUAAUUCCGCUAGUUUUUGGCCAUUCGCUCGAAGGCCCAACCCGAAGGAUGACGGCCUUAAUCUCCCUUUCUUCCGGCUCGUCCAAGGCCUUCUUUUCCAAGCCGGGCCAGACCUUCGAAGCCACACGCGAGCAACUCGAUGAGUUGGGCUACUUUUACACACUGUCGAAGGACAGUCUGCCCUUGGUUCAAGCUCUUCUCAAGGAUCUAUUUCUGGCCACAAAGGAGCUCAAGCGGGCCAAAGACACUUUGAGCCUGAAAGAGACAUCACCCGCCCACUUCGCCCAGGCUCGACAUGAGGAAACAGGGAGGGCCUUGAUUUCCCCGCCAACGCUGCAAGAAGAUAUUCAAAGGCAACAGAUCCACGAUUUGCAGCGUGAACUGAGCAACUUGAAGUUGCUCAAUGCUCAGUCUGCGGGUGUGAUCCAAUCGCUCAAGGAUGAAUCGUUGGCCAAAUCCAACAAGAUCCUGGACAUGGAAAUGUCCACUCAUCGAGCCGCCAAAGUUGUGGUAAGAUCCGCCGGGAUCUUCAAGCCCCGCUUGGAAAUGUCUUCCUUGGUGAGUAAAUCCACCCUCCCGAGAUGCUUGGCCUGCUCGUCUCAAAGAGACCCUGGACUCAAAUCCAACGAGGAUCAUCGGGCCAAGAUUGACUUGAUCCGCUUGUACGACCGGAGAAGUCAGAAUCUCAAGAAAGAGCUCGUCAAGUGCCAAUCCCAACUGAGCCACGCCCACCAGCUCCUGAAGAAAGCCGAGCGUGAGAUUGAGUUCCGCGCCCAACCCGGAAGUGGUCCGCUCAAAGCGAGGCGAGAUCCAAUCAAUGCCCAAGAUAUUAAGCACAGUGACUACAUCUUGAAGCUCAUCAAGGACAAUGAAAGACUCAAGUCCUUGGUGCAAAAGCAUCACAUCGCUCAGGAAGAUUUGAAAACUUCCCCACUGCCAUCCACCACUCCCAAUGGUACCCCACAUCACUCAGCCCGUCCUUGGUCUGAGACACGACCGCCCUUUCAUCAUCGUCCCCUUGGCCGACAUCGGUCGGGUUGCCCGUUGAAUGUAAGCCGCAGUUGCGAGGAUAUUCGAGAGGCCGUCCAAAAGAGCCACCAAAGACUCUUCCUCCUUCCACCGCCCCUCCCAUCAUCUCUCCGCCCACCGUGCUGCUCUGAGCAUCAACCGACAUGUGGUCCCACUCAGCCCCGCCCAAAUGAUCAUGAUCACCCCCAAGCUCAUUCUUCGCAUCACGGGCCCAUCUUGUGUCCGCCAAACAAUGGGCGGAGUAGUACUGCUAUGACGGAGGGUCCGAGUUGUUGUGCCGUUCCAGCCCUGUCCUGCCCCGCCCACUGGCCGCAUCCCUCCCUCGAUAAGUCCAAUGAGGAGCUGAAUGCGAAACUGCAGAAAGCUGCCACUGAGAACAAGGAGCUAACCAAUCGUCUGAAAGAGCUCAAUCAAGUGAGAUUGGAGCAAAAAGGCAAGAUCGACGAAUUGUCCAAGCAGCAAGCCAUUCUCCUCAACACCGGAAAGGGACCUGCCAGCAAUAAGCAGGUCCAAGAGUUGGUCGGCUACAUUGAGAAGCAAAGGGACAUUUACAAAUCCAAUGUGGAACAGCUCUUGACGAAAUUGGACCCGGAUAAGAAAUUUGAGACUCCUCCCGAAACAUCCACGGACCAAGUAGAUCGAGCAGGCACUCGUGGAUCGGAAAAGCAUUUGAAGGUGCUAAAGGAGAUCCAAAACGACAGUCGUAAAAUUCUUCAGGCCCGCCAUCAGUCCGUAUCUCCGUAUCGCUCCUCACCGUACAAAUCCGUCAGUCCACUUCGCUCAGACGAUCCGUCCCACGAGAGCCGUGAGCACAAGAACACGGCCGUGCGGGUGCGGAUGGCCAAUUUGCAAGAGGAAGUCUUGGAUCUAAGCGAACAAGUGUCAGAGCUGAAGCUAGCUAAGGCCCGCAUGCAAGAAGGCACUCGCCAAGAGACGCAACGGCUGGAGAACCUCAUCCAGACGCGAGAUGCCGAGAUUCAAACCUUGAAGGCUGAGAGGGCCAAGAUUGAGGAGAAGUCCGAUUACCGAGACGAGCUUUUGAAGGUCAACCUGGCCUUCACCGAAUUCCGUGAGCUGACCCAUCGUCGAGAGGCCGAAUUGAACGACGAGAUCUCGAAUCUUCAGCGAGACGUUCGAGAUUUGGAUGAAGCCUUGACCAAGUCCCAAUCUCGCAUCAACCAAGACACUCUUGCUCACGAAGGCCAAGUUCGCAAUCUCGAGGAACAGUUGGAACUUCUUCGUGCUCAAUUGGCCGAGCGUCAAAGGUCCGAAAAUCAAAUCAAGGCUCGAGAGACGGCGGAAAAGGCCGUUGGAUUAGAUCUGAAAAUGGAGAAUUGCCAACUCAAGGACCGCGUGUUUGCCAUGGAAAACGCCAAAGAGCAACAGGAGCGUCAUAUUCGGGAUUUGAGCGGUCAAAUCCAACGUUAUGUGAAUGAAGUAAAACGCGUGGAAGAGCUCUUGGCUCACCGAGAAACGGAACGCUCGGAAUUGCUCCAACAAUACAAGUCGCUCUCCGUGGAGAUCGACACGUCGGAAACGCUGAACCGAUCGCUCGAGGCCAAGGUGGAGUCAAUGAGCAUGGAAUUGCGGGAGAAGAACGCCGAAUUGGAGGCCAGCCACCGACGCCUCUCCGACCUCGAAAAGGACCUGAUCGAAGUGAGUCUGCUGAAUGAGAACCACCGCUCGCAAGUGGCCACAUUGAGCACGCGCCUGGACCUGGCCAAUUCCCGCAUGAAAGAGGCCCAAAGCCAGUCCACGUGGAUCAAUGCCGAUCUCACGGAUGUUCAUGACUUGGCCAUCCAGCUCAACUCGCAAAAGGUGGAAUUGCAAGGGCAGAUAUCCAAUCAAGCUAACGAGAUCGAGGGGCUGAACGGGGAAAUUGAGCAUCUACGGCAAGAAGUGGAGAGCCUGAGUCGAGCCAUUCGUGACGAGCGGGAGAAAAGUCGCCAUCUGGAGGAUCUCUUGGGCCACGACGACAUGGGCCGAUCUAAAUCUCAGCGCUAGAACUAUUCUACAAUGUACGGUUGUUUCUCCUAGAACUAUGAAUUAGAAAUAAAAUUCCGAGGCCUUAGUCGCUGGAUGUUGAGAUCA